AUGCUGGACUUCCACUGCAUGAGCCUCACGGUGGCCAGCGAGACCGUGCAGCUUCUGCGCUCUCUGUUCACCGUUGCCGGCACGUCAAGCGCCAGCCUCUCCGGCGCCGGCGCCGGCGAGCUCUUGGGGCUUCUAGAGCUGAAGCUACGCGGCGAGAGGUUCUUGACCGUGUUCGACAACGUCGACACGCGAAGGAGGCGGGCGAUAGACGCCAUCAUGCCGGUCCUGCGGCGCGGGCGGCGGGGGAGCAGGGUCCUUGUCACGGGCAACGGCAAGCACAUCGUCGAUCUCGGCACCACGGAGCCUGUCGUCGUGCGGCCGCUGCCGCCAGCGGAGUACUGGUUCUUCUUCAAGGCGCACGCGCUCGGCGGCGCGGACGACGCCGAGGCGGACCCGCGGCUUGCGGCGGUGGGCCAGUCCAUCGCCGAGAGGCUGCACGGCUCCUUCUUCGGCGCCAAGGUCGUCGGCGCGCUGCUGAGGUCGCGCUGCCCGGACCACAGGCUGUGGCGGCGAGUGCUCGCCGCCAGCCACGCCGAGCCGUCGUGGCUUGGCAACGGCGGAUACGUCGCCGCUGCGGCCGGCAGCCUCCUCCCACCUCACGUGACAGUGCGCGGCGUCGCCGUCUCAGGCUCGCCGGUGAGAGGGCUCGUCGGCCUGCAAGACGCCUCUCUGACAACUCCAGUUCGUGACACUGGCAGCGACCGAUCGGAAUUGCCUGUGCUGCUGUGCAAGUCGAUCUUCCCUUCCUACUGUCUGAACUACACCGCUUAUUGCACGAUCGAGAGAGAGGAUAAACAAUAA